AUGUCUAAUGUAAUGAUUGAUUCAUAUGGAAAUCAGUCACUGUUUUUACCAUACUAUAAAAAUCUUUUACCAAAAUCGAUCAGUAAUGAAAUAAAUUUGUCGAAGAAAAAUUCAAAACGUUGUUCAUCAUCCUAUAGACAACGUCUUCAACGUAUAAAAACAAACUGUCGAUUAAUACGACAACGCCGUCGCCGUUAUUUAUUUCCAAUACUACCUAUAGAACUUCGUUCCAGUGUAUUUCAACAACGUUCUUAUAAAAAAGGUUCAUUAGAAAUAUUAAAUGUCAAUGAUAAUCAUUGGCAAACAACGAAUUUUUUACGUCUAUCCGAUGAAUAUCUAUAUAAAUGUAAAUAUGCAAUAUAUUCGUCGACGAAUCGAUAUUUUAAGCAAAAUGAAUUUUAUCAUUUUUUAAAAGAAACUUUUUCUUGUUCAUUUUCUUCAAACGAACAUCAUAUUGAUUUAAAUGAAUGUCAAUUAUGUGUUUCGAAAUUUAGUUCAAAUGAAAUGUUUGAUUUACAUUUAAAUCGUCGUAGUGUGUCAAUACAAUAUCGAUGUUUAACAUGUCAAUCAUGGAUUAAAUCAAUGAAUCCAUGCCAAGCUUAUUAUCAUUUAUUGCUACAUAAUAAUAGUACCAAAGAAAAACGUAUAGGACAAUUAAAUAUUCAUUACAAUAGUGACAAUUAUUUAAACGAUAUCGAUGAUAUUUUUACGAACUAUUCGAAUUAUUUAUGUACUGAUUGA